UUGAGAGGGCUCAGUCGAAUUACAACCUUUCAUCAAUUGUCAACGAUUUUAAUUGAAUCAAGUGAAAAAAGGCCUCUUUUCUAGUCAAUUUCUGAAGGACUUGAGCAGAAACACACAGACUUUGUACCUAGUUGAAAUCAAUGAAUUUUCUUAUCAUUUGAAAAGAGGGAAUACACAACAUUAAUAUUAAAGACUGAUUUAGUUUAAUUGACUGAUUAACAGUAUCUGUUUCGUUCUGUUAUUCUGUUGUGGAAAUAAAUAAUGUCGCUAAUCAGCAGAUACGUUGUGUCUAAUAAGGGGAGAGUAUUAUCAAUUGUUCAUUCACAUGUUGGAAUGAUAAUUGGUAGAUCAAUGUCCAGUGGUGGUGAUCGUGUAAAUGAGGAUUUGAUAGCCAAAUCUGUGUUCAUAUCACAAUCUAAAGAUAUAUUUACGAAUUUGGCGCUGGAGGAUUGGCUGUAUCGUAACUAUGAUUUUAAGAAUCAUCACGUAUUGUUACUUUGGAGAAAUGAUCCUUGUGUGGUUAUUGGACGCCAUCAGAAUCCCUGGAUCGAGGCGAAUAUUCAGGGGCUUGAGGAGCAGGGAAUUGCCAUGGCUAGACGCAAUAGUGGCGGUGGGACGGUUUAUCAUGAUUCUGGAAACUUAAAUCUGUCGUUUUUUACCCCGAAGGAGAGGUACAAUAGGAGGUACAAUCUGGAGAUCAUCACGAGGGCCUUGUACAGGGAGUGGGGGCUCAGGAGUGAUAUCAAUCAGAGGGAGGAUAUCGUUGUCAAUGGGAAUUUGAAAGUAUCUGGGACCGCCGCAAAACUGGGACGACCCAAUGCUUAUCAUCAUUGCACUCUGCUGGUGAAUGUUAAUAAGGAAAAUCUCAGAAUGGCGCUGGAAAAGAAAGAGACUGGAAUAAGUCAUUCGAAAGCAACGGAAUCUACAAGAUCUCCAGUGAAGAAUUUGAGCGAGAUCAAUGGUCGAGUGACUACUGAUGCUUUAAUGUCGGCUGUUGGUUGGGAGUAUCUUCGCACGAUGGCAAUGACUCUUGAGGAUGGGGGACAUUCACUUGUGCAGAAGCAGAAGGGAUUUCAGAUGAUAAAUCCUACUGAACAGUGGUUCCCAGGUUUAGAUAAACUUAAAGAUGACUUCCAAUCGUGGGAAUGGAACUAUGGGAGGUGCCCAAAAUUUACAGUGACAAGGGACCUGAAAAUCCCAGCGGAUUCAACGAAUUCAACGGACAACGGACCAUUCCAUCAAUUGAAACUGACACUGGAAGUCAAGAAUGGAAUCGUCGAGGAUAUAAAACUGAGUCUACCUCCCGAUGUUCUUUCCAAUGCCGCUAGCCAGGACGCCAGUGUGAUUACUCAUCUCCGGGGGGCGAAAUACGACCACGACAUCACCGAGAAAAUCAUCUCAGCUCUCGGUUGUACCAGUGUUCCCCUUGAUGCUACACAGAGUGCUAAUAUAAGUAACAUGGCAGCCACUCAAUGACCAAAUCACCCAGAUGUUUCCAACUAAGAUUUAUAACUUCACGCAUGAAAAAAUUUAAUAGACAACCUUUGCGAAUUCGCUGGAAAAUUCUAUUGAAAUUCUCUAGAAAUUCUGUGGGGAUUCUCUUUAAAAAUUUCUGCGGAAGUCUCGUUAAAAUUUCAUCUGUUUUUUGCGCAGAUUCUAUAACAUAUUUUAUACGCGGAGAGAAAUAUUCAAUAAAAAUUACCAGAAAAAAGAC